AAAAAAAAAUGACUUCGCUCUACAACUUCAAGAAGAUCGAGCCAGUGCCUACUUCUUCUGACUUUAUUGAUAUUAUCUUAUCAAAGACUCAAAGAAAGACACCUACUGUUAUCCACAAAAAUUACAACAUUGGUCGUAUCAGACAAUUCUAUAUGCGUAAAGUCAAAUUCACACAAGAAAGUUUUGAUGAAAAGUUCAAGAAUAUUUUGGAUGAAUUCCCCAAGAUGGAGGACAUUCACCCCUUUUAUGCUGAUUUGAUGAAUGUCUUGUACGAUAAAGACCACUACAAGCUUGCUUUAGGUCAAGUCAAUACUGCCCGUCACUUGAUUGAUCAAGUUGCCAAGGACUAUGUUCGUCUCCUGAAAUUCGGUGACUCACUCUAUCGUUGUAAACAACUCAAGAAGGCUGCUUUAGGUCGUAUGGCUACUGUCAUGAAACGUCAAAAGGACAGUUUAGCCUAUCUCGAACAAGUCCGUCAACACUUGUCUCGUUUGCCUUCCAUUGAUCCUAACACUCGUACACUGUUGAUCUGUGGUUACCCUAAUGUCGGCAAAUCAUCCUUUAUUAACAAGAUCACCCGUGCUGAUGUCGAUGUGCAACCUUAUGCCUUUACCACCAAAUCAUUGUUUGUGGGUCAUAUGGACUAUAAAUACAUGCGCUGGCAAGUUAUUGAUACACCUGGUAUUCUUGACCACCCUUUGGAAGAACGCAAUACGAUUGAAAUGCAGUCAAUUACAGCCAUGGCUCACUUGAGAUCCUGUAUCAUGUACUUUAUGGAUCUUUCUGAACAAUGUGGUUACAGCGUAGAAGACCAAGUCAAGUUGUUCCAUAACAUCAAGCCUUUGUUUGCCAACAAGCCUAUUGUGUUGGUCAUCAACAAGAUUGAUCAAGUCAAGCCUGAAGACUUAUCUCCCGAACAACGCCAAUGGAUUGAAGACAUUGCUAAUGAAGAAAACGCAACUGUCUUGACCAUGUCUUGUUAUAAUGAAGAAGGUGUCAUGAACGUCCGUAACAGUGCUUGUGAUCGAUUAUUAGCUGCCCGUGUUGAAAUGAAGAUGAAGGGCAACAAGAUCAACGAUGUCAUCAACAAGAUUCACUUGGCUCAACCUCAACAAAGAGACAACAUUGCUCGUUUGCCCAAUAUCCCUACCGAAGUACAAACCCGAGUGAAAUAUGAUCCCAAUGAUCCCAAUCGUCGUAGACUUGAAAAGGAUUUAGAACAAGAGAAUGGAGGUGCUGGUGUCUACAAUGUGGACGUCAAGAAGAAAUACAUGUUGGCUGACGAUGACUGGAAAUAUGAUACCAUUCCUGAGUUCCUGAAUGGCCACAAUGUGGCUGACUUUAUUGAUCCUGAAAUUGAAGAGAAGUUGGAAGCUUUGGAAAGAGAAGAAGAGCGUUUGGAAGCUGAAGGCUUUUAUCAAUCAGACGAAGAUAUCUUGGAUGAUGAAGAAGAAGCCCUUCGUACUGCUGCUGAUGCUAUUCGUGACCGCAAGAAAUUGAUUGUACAAGCACACCGUGCUGCUCGUGGUAGAACAAGACCUGCAUUACCCAAGACUACAGCUGCUAAAUAUGCUACUGUGAGUGAGAUGGAUCAACAUUUGACAAGCAUGGGCAUUGAUAGUACAGAUGCUACUGAACGUACAAAGAAUGCUGCUGCUGGUCGUAAGCGUACUCGUCAUGAAGCCAUUCCUGACCAGGCUGUCAGAGAAGUUCAAGUGGAUGAUCGUGAAGAAACCUUGACUGAAGAAAUGAGUAACCUUGGUUUCCGUAAUGUCAAGCAGAAAUUAGAAGCUGAUAAACAAAAGAAGAACGUUCAAAAGCAACAAUCUAAACACGGUAAACGUGGUGAAUCAGACAGACAAAUUCAAACAAAGAUGCCCAAACAUUUAUUCAGUGGCAAGCGUGGCAUGGGUUCAACAGACCGUCGAUAAAAGAAAAAAAAACAUAUAUAUACAAACGCAUUAUAUACAUUUAUUACUAUUUCCAUUUUAUCUAUUUUUUUUUUUUGCAUUAAAGUUAAUCUGUCAU